AUGAAUAAAGAAGACGCCACUUUUUCCAUCGAGAUGGACGACGACGGAAACGACGCAGACGAUUUUUUGAAGCACGCAAGUCAAGUUGGAGAAACCGCGUUUUUGGAAGACGAACCUCCAAAGUCGGGAAAAAACGAAGGUGAGUUGCCCAAAGACGAAAAGCCACAAAACCUUACAGGAGAAGCAACAUUGACGUCGACCACAGAAACAAAACAAGAGUCCACACAACCAGAAAAAAUAGAGGAUGAGCUUCCACUUUUAGAGGAGUUGGGCAUCGACUUUAGUAAAAUGGGAAAGACUAUGCUUCGAAACCUCAAUCCAUUUUCAACAGCGGAACAACUUGAGUCCGAUAUAUUGGGGUCGAUAUUGAUUUCGUUUCUUCUUGGUGUCGUGAUUGCUCUUAACGGCAAACUUCGGUUUGGAGAUGUGUAUGGGUUUUCUAUUUUGGCUGUGUUUGUCGAGUAUUUGUUCCUCAAUUUUAUGUCGCAGAAGAACAUCGAGUACUUUUUAGUUUUUACGCACUUCGCUUACAACCUCGUCCCUAUGAUAGUCUUUGGGUUGUUCACGGCUGUGUUUGACCUUUUCAUAGCCAUUCCGAAUUCAGUUCUCAUCACAGCUGUCAUCCUCUGUAUCUCGUUGUCAACUUAUAUGACCGCAAGAUGCACUAUAACAACACUCGAGGCAAAAGGAAAUGCUGUUCUUUUGGUAUACCCUAUCAUUCUGUACUACACACUUUUCAUGCUUCUUGUCAUGUUUUGA